AUGAAAUUUCGGGCGGCUCCGUUGGAAAAACCAUGGGCGAAUAUUGUGGCAAAGUACUGUCUCUUCGUGGCAAAAUACCCCUGGCCAUUCAUCAUAGUCCCCUUCAUCCUCACAAUUUGUCUCUCAAUGGGAAUAAUUCUCAACUUCAAAAUAGUCCGAGGCGUCAACUACCUCUACGCGCCUUUAAAUGCCACGUGGAAGUCGGAAGAGGCGGUUUUCGGAGAGAAUUGGGCAAAGGACGAUGAGCAUUUUUAUCCAGGAAAAGACAUUCUCCGAAGACAAGGAAUCUAUCUGAUAGUGAAUUCCAAGGACGGAGGAGAUAUUUUGAGACAAGACCAUGCCAAGGAUUUUCUGGGGGUUUUGGAAUGGAUAAGUAGUGUCAAGUUGAUAUCAUCGGCAGGGAGGAUAUUCACGUAUAAGGAUGUUUGUCUGCAUUUUCAGAACGACUGUUUCUCCAAUACCCAUGCAAAACUGCUCGCCGAUAUCUACUCGAAAAACCACCAGAACUCAAUGUUCAACAUCACCUACCCCAUCUACCGUAGUACUUAUGCCACCGAACCAAUCGAUAUUUCAAAAGUAUUGGGAAAUGUGACAACUGAUGAGAAUGGGAAUGUGAUGAGUGCAUCUGCAUGGAUGAUACUCUAUCAAUUGAAGGCUUUUGGUCCUGGGAAAGGACAAUUAUCAAAAGAUUUUGAGGAUGGGUUGGCGGAGAAGAUUCAGAAAGGGGAGACACCGUCGGAGCUCCUCAAUUUGUAUUAUUUCCAUUCGGCUACUUUUGAUGAGGAGUUGGAGAAAGAGAACAGGAGAUUGACACCAAAAUUCUCCAUAACCUUCUCCGUUCUCAUUGUCUUCGCCAUCCUCUCCACUUUUACCAUCAAAUUUCUCACAUUUAAAACUGAAAACGGCACUUCACAGUAUCCGGUUAUCGAUUGGGUUCUGAGUAAGCCUCUACUCGGAAUAUGUGGAGUACUGGUGACUCUUUGUGCAAUUAUUUCUUCCACUGGAAUGUUGAUGCUAUUCAAUGUCACUUUUGUUGAUAUGUGCACUGUUAUGCCGUUCCUGUCGUUGACUAUCGGUAUCGAUGACACCUUCCUUAUGUUGGCUGCUUGGCACGAAACUGAUAGAAAUCUUCCUUAUGAGAAACGUAUCGAAAAAUCGAUGCGCCACGCGGCAGUGUCCAUCUCCAUCACAUCUCUCACCGAUGCGUUGGCAUUCCUCAUCGGGUCCAUAGCACCUCUACCAGCAGUCAUGUACUUUUGCUACUACUCAUCCGCCGCCAUUUUAUUUAUAUUUUUGUAUUGUCUGACAAUGUUUGUGGCUGUUUUGGCGUUACAAGGGAAGAGAGAACAAGAGUUGAGACAUUCGGUGACUGGAGGGAAGACGCUGGAUUUGGAUGAUUUUGAAUCUGCCACCUCCCGACAACUUUUAGUGAAAAUGGGGAGUCGAAUCACAGUGAAAGCCGAUGAGGAAAACAAUAAUAAUAAUAACGAAAAAUUAAAUGAAAACUCUGAAAAAGAUGUUCGAAUGUGGUAUCAGAAGUUUUUCGAGGACCGAUACGCUCCAUUUAUUUCCAAUUGGAAAAUUUCGAUUCUCAGUUUUUUGAUCUACCUGGGAUAUCUCUCCGCGGCAUUUUACGGAAUGCAAAAUCUUAAAAUUGGGUUUGAUCUCAUCAAUAUUGUGCAAGAAAGCUCCGCCUCCAGAGUGUUCCUAGAAGUCCGGCAGAAACUAUUCCCAGAGGACACAAAGAUCAUGGACAUCGCCAUCAUGAAUUCCCCCAACUUUACAAAUUCCGAAGAGCGAUUCGAGUUUCUAGAGGUGCUUAGUGAAUUUGAGUCAACGUGGUGUUCGGAGGGACGGAACUCGACGCAAUUUUGGUUUUUCGAAAUGCAGAAAUAUUUGAGUCAAUUGGGAUUUGGUGGCGAUUUGAAUAGGACGUUGAAUAGUGAGAAGAAGCUAUCCCAAUCAAAGAAGACAUUCCUAAUGUCCCAUGAAAAAUUCGGGUAUGAUGUGCUCACGGAGCAAGAAUUUAGGCUGUCCACGAGGCUCAGGAAUGUGGAUAAUGAUGAGCAAAUAUCAAAUUGUGCGCGGACUAUGAGAACUCUCACCUCCUUACACCCAAAAUACAACCUAACCACCUAUUCCCCUCUCUGGAAUAUCGCCGACGAAUAUGAUAUCAUGUGGCCACAAACUAUCCAAGACAUCUAUAUCUCUAUAGCUGUCAUGAUUCCAGUCGCUCUUCUCUUCAUCCCACAACCUCUAUGCUCUGUGAUCAUUGGUCUCAACAUUGCCUCAAUUGCUUUCGGUGUCAUCGGCACAAUGUCGUUUUUGGGAGUCUCUCUGGAUGCCACGUCGAUGAUUACCGUAGCGAUGAGUGUUGGAUUUUCAGUUGACUUCGCCGCCCAUGUGUCCUAUGCCUACAUGACGGAAUCCAAGCCGGCUAAGCCUGGAGCGUCCCCAAUUUUCUCCAGAUUCUGUCACACGUUGGGCACAGUCGGAUGGCCAGUGACACAAGCUUCUGUGUCGGUGUUGUUGGGCGUGUCGUCGUUGUAUCUGGUGGAUAGUUAUGUGGUGCAGACGUGUUUUAGGACAGUCGUGUUGGUUAUACUGUUUGGUGAGUCUUUGGGAGGUCACUUACUCUGGCCAAAUCUAUUUUGA